CGUCACACGCCCGUCAUCCAUUGCGGCCAAAGCAGAAUCGAGGCCGCCUUCGCUCUCCCCCCCAGCAAGCGACAACUCGACUCCAAACAUGUCUUAUGUGCCCCCUGCUCUCCGCAACCGCAACCGCGGUGCGGCCACCAACUCGGCCAAGCCGGCCAACCCUCCGCCGGCGCCGGCAGCCGACUCUUCCGGCCCGUCGCUCCCGCCCAACACUGCAGCCCCUGUGGCGGCUUUGACUUCGUCGGCGCCGUCGCGGUGGGCCGACUCGAUCGCUGCGCCGCUGGCUCCUGUGGAGCCUGUGGCGGCGGUGGCGGCCGACGCCGCGCCGACGACCUCGUCGGCGGCGACCGACAACAACAACAAGACUUCCACUUCCGAGGCGGCAGCGGCUCCGGACGCGUCACGCGCGCCCGCGGCUGCCGAAGGCGGCCGCGGCUUUGGUGACCGCGGCGGCGACCGCGGUGGCGACCGCGGCGGCGACCGGCGCAGCGGCUGGGGCGGCGACCGCGGCGGCGACCGUGGCGGCUACGGCGGCGACCGGCGCAGUGGCUGGGGCGGCGACCGCGGUGACCGCGGCGACCGUGGCGGCUACGGAGGCGACCGGCGUGGCGACCGCGGUGGCUACCGCGGUGGUGACCGCGGCGGCGACCGUGGCGGCGACCGCGGCGACCGCGGCGGCGACCGCGGAUACGGAUUCGGUGGGCGCCCGGCGCCGUCUGCAAACAACGACCGGCUCCGUGGUUGGGGACGCGAUGGUCCUGCUGACGCUCCGCGUGACCGCGGUUACGGGCGUGAGUCGGGCUACGGCGGCCGGAUGUACUCGCGCGGUGGGCGUGGGCGGUCGGGCCCGGUGCGCGACCCGCUUGGCAAGCCGCGUGACGUCCUGCUUUCGCGGUCGUCGCGGCUCGAGGAGGAGCUGUUUGGGACCGAGGCCGAGCGCGCCGAGCGCGGCGUCUCGUCGUCGGCCAUCGACUUUGACGCCUACGAAGACAUUCCGGUCGAGGCGACUGGACGCGACGUGCCCGAGCCCGGACACACCUUUGAGGAGCUCGAACUCGGCGUGGUCCUCUCCAACGUCGUCUCGCUCAUGGGCUACUCCAAGCCGACGCCGGUGCAGCGCCACGCGGUGACCAUUGCCAACGCCGGCCGUGACAUCAUGGCGUGUGCGCAGACCGGCUCCGGCAAGACCGCCGCCUUUCUCAUGCCUGUCAUCAAGCGGCUGCUUCUCGACGGGCCGACAUACCCCGACGAGCCGGCCAAGACUGGCCGCCGUAUGAAGGCCUACCCCAACGCGCUCUGCCUCGCACCUGUCCGCGAGCUCGCGUGCCAGAUCUUCGAGGAGGCUCGCAAGUUUACCUACCGGUCCUCGCUCCGUGUUCGCGUGUUUUACGGCGGCGCGCCCAUGGGCGAGCAGCUCCGUGAGAUGGAGAAGGGCUGCGACAUUAUCAUCGGCACGCCCGGUCGUGUCAUCGACCUCAUCGAGCGUGGGCGCGCGUCGAUGAAGUUCAUCUCGUUCCUCAUCCUCGAUGAGGCCGACCGCAUGCUCGACAUGGGCUUUGAGCCGCAGAUCCGCACCAUCGUCGAAGACUCGGGCAUGCCGCCUCCGGGUGAGCGCCAGACCCUGCUGUUCUCAGCCACUUUUGCCCGCGAGAUCCAGCAGCUCGCUGCCGACUUUCUGGACGACUACGUCUUCCUCCGCGUCGGCCGCGUCGGCUCGUCGGCCGGCCUUGUCGAGCAGCGCGUCGAGCUUGUCGAGCCGCGCGACAAGCGCGACUUUGUCGUCGACCUCAUCUCGGCCGUCCCCGGGCUCACCCUCGUCUUUGUCGAGACCAAGCGUGGCUGUGACGCGCUCGAGGACUUCCUCUACGAGGCUGGCUUGCCGUCAACCUCGAUCCACGGCGACCGCGACCAGCGUGAGCGCGAGGAGGCACUGCGCUCGUUCCGCUCGGGCCGAACCCCGGUCCUCGUUGCCACCGACGUCGCCUCGCGUGGCCUCGACAUCCCCAACGUCACCCACGUCAUCAACUUUGACCUGCCCAACUCGAUCGACGACUACGUCCACCGCAUCGGCCGUACUGGCCGUGCCGGCAAGAAGGGCAUUGCCACCGCUCUCUUUACCCAGAAGGAUGCCAAGCUCGCCAACGACCUCAUCGAGAACAUGGAGGAGCAUGAGGAUAACGUCAUUCCCUCGUGGCUUCGUUCCUUUGGCCGCUCGCGCGGCUACGGCGGCGGCCGCUCGCGCGGCUCGCGCUUUGGUGGCUCCGACUUCCGCCGCUCCAAGGGCGGCGGCGGUGGCCGCUCGCGUGGCUACGGCGGCGACCGCGGCGGCGACCGCGGCGGCGACCGCGGCGGCGACCGCGGCUUUGGCGGUGGUUUUGGCGGCGGCGACCGUGGUGGCCGCUGGUGA